UAUUAACAUUAGAAAGGGACUGAGCUGAAGACCUGUGUCUGAUUAUGUGUACGUAACGAAUGUACAUAGAAGAGGACACGAGGAAAGGUUCGCGUUCACGUCAAACAGAAAUGUGUCUGCAGGGAACAUGAUGAAUUGCAUCUCUGUAACACGCUCGCACAUUCACAAAUGUAUUCAUUUCCCAUAAAUAUAGAAGAUAGAAGAGCAGUUAAGAUCAUUUCUUCGCAUACCGUCUGUGACAGCAGAGAUGAGUUAGCUUCAUUCCUUGUAUCCCUGCAUGAUGUCGGGCCGAAGCGCAUCAUGAUUUAUAAACUCAAACUCUUUUCACACAGGAUAGAGUAAACAAAAAGGAACUGGCAACCUGUGGACUUGUACUAAAAGUACUUGAGAGGAAGAACUGAGAACACUUUUAGGGCAGCUAUGGAAUUUCUUGGUGUCAAAGAGGAAGGGGAAACAACCACAUGAACGUUAGUCAGAGAGGAGGUAAUGCAGAAGUCAAUGUAAAAAAAGUAAAAUAAGGAUAGACUCAUUUGGUCGGGCAAAUGACAUUUUAAAUGCAUGUUGAUAGCUCGUCUGGCAUCAUGGCAGAGAUCAGUUUCAACGUGGAUCACGGCUACCUGGAGGGUCUCGUUCGAGGAAUGAAGGCCGGAAUCCUGACUCGCGCCGACUAUCACAAUCUGGCUCAGUGUGACACACUCGAGGACAUGAAGUUGCAUCUGCAGUGCACCGACUACGGGAAGACGCUGUCCUCGUCUGAAGACGACCUGACCGUGUCUCUGGUGGACAGCAAGUUGAGAGAAAACCUGGUGGCUGAAUUCAGCUGCCUUCGCUCCAAUGCUCUUCCUCCGCUGUCAACCUUCCUCGACUACAUAACUUACAGCUACAUGAUCGACAAUGUGGUGAUGCUGAUCACCGGGGCCCUGAAGCAGAGAGAUGUGGCGGAGCUCCUCCCGCGCUGUCACCCGCUGGGAGCCUUUGACCAGAUGGCCGCUGUGGGCAUCGCUCGUACUCCGACCGAGCUCUACUCAGCCGUCCUGGUGGACACGCCACUAGCUCAGUUUUUCCAGGAUGCCGUAUCCGAGUCGAACCUGGAUGAGAUGGAAGCUGAGAUCCUUAGAAACAAACUGUUUAAGGCAUAUUUAGAGUCGUUCCACUCUUUCUGCAAGAACAUUGGUGGAGCAACAAAAGAUAUAAUGUGUCCUAUCCUGGAGUUCGAGGCAGACAGGCGGGCCUUCAUCAUCACGGUGAACUCCUUCGGCACGGACCUCAGCAAUGCAGAGAGGAGCGCUUUGUAUCCGGCUUGUGGGAGACUUCACCCUGAAGGGCUGUGCCUGCUGGGCGCGGCGCAGGACGCCGCGCAGGUCAAAGACGUGGCCGACCGUUACCCAGCGUAUAAGAUCAUUUUUGAAGAACCGGAGCCAGGAUCAGGAUUUAAGACUCUGGAGGACAGAUUCUUUGAACAAGAGGUGAAACUGAACACACUUGCUUUCCUGCAGCAGUUCCACUUUGGAGUAUUUUACUCUUACAUCAAACUGAAGGAGCAGGAGAGUCGCAACAUCGUCUGGAUCGCUGAGUGUGUCACACAGAGACAGAAAUCCAAGAUACACAACUACAUAACCAUCUUCCAAGGAACUGAGCAAUAGAAACGUAUAUCCAACAUAGAGUUAAAUAAAUGCACUUCAAUCAAAA